AGUUGGACGGCUUGCCAGCGGGAGAAUUUACGCUCACUGUUUUAAUAUUUUUUUAGAAGUUGUUGUUGACGGUUGUUCGCUCGCACGCUCGCCGACCGAUCGCGUUCGCUAAACAAAAGAUAGAAAACACAACUUACUCUAAUCGAAACACAAAACCAACAGACGGUUUCCCCAAAACACCGAACGUUUCAAACAAGAAAAACCCAAAAUGUUGCAACCAAAUAAAAUACAUGUUUAAAUCGCCUAUAUACACACACCUCUAUUUAUGAGAAAUUGUUAGAAAAGUCCCAAAUAAUACCAGUCCCCCCCUCCCCACAACAACAAAAACAACAAGUGCAAUUCGUCGGCAGAAAUUAAAAUAAAGUGCAUUGUAGCUGAACCUGAGAAAAUAGAAAAGAUACGUGGUGAAAAAGGCAGAGGAAAUAUUUCUUUAAAUAACGCAAAUCGAGAGCAUAUAUUCAUAUUUGUACAGAUAUUAUAUAGUGGCUGCAUAGUGCAAAUCGCGGAUGAAGCAGUUCUCCGAGACCGAAGUGUAAAUAGGAAAGAUUCCCGAAGCAGUUCGACGGUGAAAGCAAAAGGCAAUCGAAUAAGACAGAACUCGAAAUCAAACAUCAACAAGGCAGCGGACCGACGUUUAGACACCCGUCUGGUCGCCGUCUGUGAAACGCCCCCGCCCUCGGCCGCCAGGAGCCGGGUACAUAUCCGCAUCCCCCACAUUACCCAUUAUCUCGAAAAUAGUGCGCGAGUGCGAGCGAGGGAUUUGUGCUCUGGGUCCCCGCCACGGUUGUACAGUGAAAAGAUAUUUACCUUGGUUCCGAACAGUGCUUCGCAACUGGAAAAUAUACCCCUCCAGGAGCCCAUGGAUACUUGUGGAUUAGUAGCAGAACUGGCGCACUAUAUCGAUGCAUAUGCUCUGAUUGUCCCGCGUACCGCAUAAGCAGCACUUCGGGCGAAAAUGUAUUUUGAACGCAAGCAAGUGCGCAAAAAAUACUAGAGCAGUCACCACUCCGUCGCAAAGCAACGCCACCGCCAGCGCCAGAGGCAGCCAGAACCUCGGACCCCACUGCCGAGCUUCGCAGAGCCACAGAGGAUCUUACCAGGAGAGGAAAGCUCUCCACCUACCGACCAACUGCCAGGGACAAGCCCUUGUCCCCAGCCGACGCGAAGUGAUCUGAGAAACGGCCCCAAGACGGCGACCAUCGGCUACCAGAGGAUGAAGCGGCGCUGGUCGAACAACGGCGGCUUCAUGCGCCUGCCGGAGGAGUCCUCCUCGGAGGUCACCUCCUCCUCGAACGGGCUCGUCCUGCCCUCGGGGGUGAACAUGUCGCCCUCGUCGCUGGACUCGCACGACUACUGCGACCAGGAGCUCUGGCUGUGCGGCAACGAGUCCGGAGCGUACGGCAGCUCCGGCGGCAACGGCCUCAGCCAGCAGCAGCAACAGAGCGUCAUCACGCUGGCCAUGCACGGCUGCUCCAGCACCCUCCCCGCCCAGACGACCAUCAUCCCGAUCAACGGCAACAACAAUGGCAACAACAACGGCAAUGGGAACGGGAACGGGAGCGGAAACGGGAGCGUGAACGGCGGCUACGUGCCGGGAGCCACCAACCUGGGCGCGCUGGCCAACGGGCACGGGAUGCUCAACGGGGGGCUCAACGGGAUGCAGCAGCAGAUGCAGAACGGCCACGGCCUCAUCAACUCCACCACCCCCUCGACGCCCACCACCCCGCUCCACCUGCAGCAGAACGGACUGGGCGCAGGGGGCGGCAUCGGGGGCGCCUUAGGCGGCAUGGGCCUCCUCCACCACGCGAACGGCAACGCCAACGGCCUCAUCGGGGUCGUAGGAAGUGGUGGCGGGGGUGGAGUGGGUGGAGGCGGAGUAGGCGUCCUGGGAAUGCAGCACACGCCGCGUAGUGAUUCGGCCAACUCCAUUUCAUCAGGUCGCGACGAUCUCUCGCCCUCGAGCAGCCUGAACGGAUACUCGGCGAACGAGAGCUGCGAUGCGAAGAAGAGCAAGAAGGGUCCUGCGCCGCGGGUACAGGAGGAGCUGUGCCUGGUCUGCGGCGACCGGGCCUCCGGCUACCACUACAACGCCCUCACCUGCGAGGGCUGCAAGGGCUUCUUCCGGCGCAGCGUGACGAAGAGCGCCGUGUACUGCUGCAAGUUCGGGCGCGCCUGCGAGAUGGACAUGUACAUGCGGCGCAAGUGCCAGGAGUGCCGCCUGAAGAAGUGCCUGGCCGUGGGCAUGCGGCCGGAGUGCGUCGUGCCGGAGAACCAGUGCGCCAUGAAGCGGCGCGAGAAGAAGGCCCAGAAGGAGAAGGACAAGAUGACCACGUCCCCCAGCUCGCAGCACGGCGGCACCGGCGGCAGUUUGGGCUCGGGCGGCGCUCACGACUUUGUCAAGAAGGAGAUUCUCGACCUGAUGACAUGCGAGGCGCCCCAGCAUGCCACUAUUCCGCUACUACCUGAUGAAAUUUUGGCCAAGUGUCAAGCGCGCAAUAUACCUCCAUUAACGUACAAUCAGUUGGCCGUUAUAUACAAGUUAAUUUGGUACCAGGAUGGCUACGAGCAGCCAUCCGAAGAGGAUCUCAGGCGUAUUAUGAGUCAACCCGAUGAGAACGAGAGCCAGACGGACGUCAGCUUUCGGCACAUCACCGAGAUAACCAUACUCACAGUCCAGCUGAUUGUGGAGUUUGCCAAGGGUCUGCCAGCGUUUACAAAGAUUCCCCAGGAGGACCAGAUCACGUUACUGAAGGCCUGCUCGUCGGAGGUUAUGAUGCUGCGCAUGGCUCGUCGCUACGACCACAGCUCGGACUCGAUAUUCUUUGCGAAUAACAGAUCCUACACGCGGGACUCGUACAAAAUGGCCGGCAUGGCCGACAACAUUGAAGACCUGCUGCAUUUCUGCCGCCAAAUGUUCUCGAUGAAGGUGGACAACGUCGAAUACGCGCUACUCACUGCCAUUGUGAUCUUCUCGGACCGGCCGGGCCUGGAGAAGGCCCAACUAGUCGAAGCGAUCCAGAGCUACUACAUCGACACGCUACGCAUUUAUAUACUCAACCGCCACUGCGGCGACUCCAUGAGCCUCGUCUUCUACGCCAAGCUGCUCUCAAUCUUGACCGAGCUGCGCACGCUGGGCAACCAGAACGCCGAAAUGUGCUUCUCGCUCAAGCUCAAGAACCGCAAGCUGCCCAAGUUCCUUGAGGAGAUCUGGGACGUGCACGCCAUCCCGCCCUCGGUCCAGUCGCACCUGCAAGUUACCCAGGAGGAGAACGAGCGCCUCGAGCGCGCGGAGAGGAUGCGCGCCUCGGUGGGCGGUGCCAUUACCGCCGGCAUUGACUCCGAGUCCGCCUCCACUUCGGCGGCGGCGGCGGCGGCCCAGCAUCAACCUCAGCUCCCUCAGACGCAGUUGGAGGCCCAACACCAGUCGCAGACGCAGCCGCAGCUGCCACCUCAGCUGCAACCUCAGCUGCAACCUCAGCUGCAAGCGCAGCUCCAGCCGCAGCUUCAGCCGCAGCCACAGCACCUCCCCGUUUCCGUGCCCGCCUCCGUGUCCGGCGCCGGUUCCGUGUCGGCGGUGAGCACGAGCAGCGACUACAUCGGCGGCAGUGGGGCCAUAGGACCCAGCACGGGGGCCCCCUCCGCCAGCAGCAUCACGUCAGCAGUGCCCCCCAGUUCCACCACCCCCGCGGUGGCGAUGGGCAACGGAGUGGGCGUGGGCGUCGUCGGCGGCAAUGUCAGCAUGUAUGCGAAUGCCCAGACGGCGAUGGCCCUGAUGGGCGUGUCCCUGCACCCGCACCAGGAGCAGCUCAUCGGCGGAGUGGCUGUCAAGUCGGAGCACUCGACGACCGCAUAGCAGUCGCAGACGCAGCCGCAGCGCCACCAUCAGACCCUCGGCGUUCUGCUGGAUUGAGGAGCUCAGCUGAACCGAUAAAGAGCUAGGGGAAAGGCGGACUUUGUCCCGCAGAGUUCGGAAGGAAGUGGAUAAUUAAUGGACAAGCGUAAAAUGCAGUUAUUUAGUCUUAAGCCUGCAAAUAUUAGAGUUUAGCUAUUAAUCGUACGGUUUAACAGAUAAUACAGCCUAUUAACCAUUACACAAAAGCUUACUUGAAACAAGCUUCAACUACAAUUGGACAAACGCGCUACGGGACAGAAGGAGAAAAAUUGAAAAGAGAACUAUUGAAAACCAUGAAAUAUAGAAUCAAUUCUGUUGUGGGCGGCCUUUAGGUUCAAUCGAAUCGAAUUGCGGCUGCCCCACGAUUACUUCUCGAAUUUUGUUUUUCAAUUUUAUCCUCCGAACUGCAUGUAAAAUAGAUCAGAAAAGAAGAACAGAAGGUAGAGAGGGUACCGAGGGAAGAGAGAAGAGAGUAAAGAUUGUUUAUAUUUUAAAAAUAUAUAAAAUAAUAAAUAUUAACUGUAAACUUAAUGAAAGCAACUGUAUAAUAUCUAACUAUAUCUCUAAAUCCUUACUCCAGAGAAGCGAGUAAAUUUGUUAAAUGAAAGUAAACGUUAUGAUAAUAACACUAUCAUUCACCGUAACUAAGUACAUUUAAAUUAAUUCAAAACAAACAACUCUAAAAUACACGCAAAACUUGGACUGAUUUUAUAAAUAUUUUUUAUUCAUAACGAAAGGCAAAAAAUAUUACGAGAAGCAAAAACAAAAAUAUUUUAUUACGCCCUCCCUAUAUUUUUAAAAACGAGAAUUUUAAUUCUAAGAUUCUAUUAAUUUCCACCCAAAAAUAUUUGCAAGCAAAAACCAAGAACCUUUAAUAUUGGCAUCGUUUUUAAACAUUUUUUCAAAAGAAAAUUUUUAUAUUGAACUUUAGCAAAUGAAAUUGAAAUUAAAGUGAUUGGAGUCUUACUCAAAAACCAAAAGGCAUCAAAAGGUAUUAAGUCUAUAAAUAAAUAUUAAUUUCAAAUUCAACAAGCACUUUUAGGUGAAAAAUAGUUUUCAAUCACUUUGAUAACAGCCACCCAAUUACAACUAAACACAUACACCAAAAGACUUCAAUAUACAUUUAUAAAAUUUACAUAAAUAAUUCAAAAUUUGUAGGAGCGACAAAAUUCAACAAAUUUGGCAAAAUCAAAAUUUAUUUUAUGAAAACCAACUCAAAAACGUGCAAGUUUACUUUGGCAAUUUUUAUGUUAAAAAAAUUUAUGCAAUUGAUUUUGAAAUAUUUAUAUUAUUUUUAUUUUGCUUGAGAUGUAUAUUUUAAAAAGUUUUCUAAAAUUGUUGGCCUUAUUUUAACUUAAAUCAAAUUUAUUCUAAUUUUAGUAGCAAUUUGUGUUUGAAAAUGAAUAAAAUUAAAGAACUGUAAAAUAUUAAUAAAAUUAAACGUUAAGUUAAAAGUGAAAUUCUUUUAUUGUGUGAAGAUAAAAACCAUCUUACAUAGCUUUCUACUUGAAUUGUGCAAUUUUUUUACUUUUACUACUAAUAUUAGUUUAAAUAUUAUUUUACACACACAACGCAUACAUACGACACACACACAGCCACACAUGUAAACUUUUAAGUUAAAUUAAUUUAUAAAGAUGAAUUUGUGUAAAGAUGAAUUAAAAGUAGCUUGAUAUCAUGGAUAUAUAUGAAAGUAACUCUAAUCAAACAAGCGCAAGCUUUCGAGAAAAGAAUUCUAAUUAAAUGUAGCCUGCACUUUGACAAACA